AUGUGGCGGCUAAGGAUCGCUGAAGCGACCGGCGGUGACCCGUGGCUGCGCACCACCAAUGGGCUCGUCGGCCGGCAGGUCUGGGAGUUCGACCCUACGGCGGACGCCGUACACGACCUCGACGCCUCGCGCCAUGAGUAUUUCCGCCAGCGGCACCAGAUGAAGCACAGCGCCGACCUCCCCAUGCGCCUACAGUUUGCCAAGUUGAAUCCUCCUAUAUUGGAUAUUCCUCCUGCUAUCAAGCAGCUGGGUGAAGAUGAAGAAGUCACGGAAGAAGCCGUGAUAAUCUGUUUGAAAAGGGCGAUUGGACGCUAUUCUACUCUGCAGGCACAUGAUGGACAUUGGCCUGGGGAUUAUGGUGGUCCUAUGUUCCUCAUGCCAGGCUUGAUUAUAACAUUGCAUCUCACUGGAGCAUUGAACACCGUCUUAUCAUCGGAACAUCAGAAGGAGAUACGCCGCUAUCUAUAUAAUCAUCAGAACGAAGACGGUGGGUGGGGAUUGCACAUUGAGGGCCCAAGUACCAUGUUUGGUUCAGCCUUGUCCUACGUUUGUUUGAGAUUGCUGGGAGAGGGGCCAGAUAGUGGAGAUGGAGCUAUGGAGAAAGGUCGGAACUGGAUUCGAAACCAUGGGGGAGCAAUUUAUAUAACAUCAUGGGGCAAGUUUUGGCUCACGGUACUUGGUGUAUAUGACUGGUCUGGUAAUAAUCCAGUGCCACCAGAAGUUUGGAUGUUGCCAUAUUGCCUGCCAAUCCACCCAGGUCGGAUGUGGUGUCAUAGCCGAAUGGUGUAUCUUCCCAUGUGUUAUAUGUAUGGAAAGAGAUUUGUUGGCCAAAUUACACCGGUUGUAUUGGAACUAAGAAAGGAAAUUUACAAUGUCCCAUACAGUGAGAUUGAGUGGGAAAAGUCUCGGAAUCUAUGUGCUAAGGAAGAUCUGUACUAUCCCCAUCCCUUGAUACAAGAUAUUUUAUGGACCGCUCUCCAUAAAUUUGCUGAACCUGUUAUGAUGCGUUGGCCUGGGAAUAAAAUGAGGGAGAAAGCUUUGAAACUUGUCAUGCAACACAUCCAUUAUGAAGAUGAGAACACUAACUACAUUUGUCUUGGUCCCGUAAACAAGGCAUUGAAUAUGCUUGCUUGCUGGAUUGAUAAUCCAAAGUCAGAAGCUUUUAAGCUGCAUAUUCCACGAGUCUAUGAUUACUUGUGGCUUGCUGAAGAUGGCAUGAAGAUGCAGGGUAAUGAUGGUAGCCAGCUCUGGGACACAGUUUUGACAGUCAAAGCUAUAUUGUCUACUGGCCUUAUACAAGAGUUUGGUCAUACUCUGAAAUUAGCUCACAACUACAUAAAAAGUACACAGAUUCGUGAGAACUGCCAUGGAGAUUUGAGCUCCUGGUAUCGCCAUAUAUCUAAAGGUGGAUGGACCUUUUCUACUGCUGAUCAAGCUUGGGCUACAUCAGAUUGUACCGCAGAAGGAUUAAUGACCUCACUGUUGUUGUCAAAGAUUUCUCAUGAAAUUGUGGGCGAAGCACUUGAAGAGAGGAGACUUUAUGAUGCUGUCAAUUGUUUGCUUUCUUGGAUGAAUGAGAGUGGUUCAUUUGGAGCUUAUGAACUCGUAAGGUCUUAUUCCUGGCUAGAGCUUCUCAAUACUUCUGAGACCUUUGAAGACAUAAUGAGUGAUUAUCCUUCUGUCGAAUGCACUUCGGCAGUGAUCCAAGCCCUGGCAAUGUGGAGAAUGCACUACCCGGAUCAUCGAAGAGAAGAGAUAGAUAACUGUAUCCAUAAAGCUUGCAACUUCAUUGAGAGUCUCCAGACAAGUGAUGGUUCAUGGUACGGCAACUGGGCUAUUUGUUUCACCGAGGGGACAUGGUUUGCAGUAAAAGCAUUAGUUAUUGGAGGGAGGACAUACAGGAACUCUCUUGCAAUCAGGAAGGCGUGCCAAUUUUUGUUGUCAAAAGAGCUUCGUUCUGGAGGUUGGGGAGAAAGCUAUUUGUCGUGCAAAGAUAAGGUUUACACCGAACUUCAAGGAAAACGCCCCCAUGUAGUCAACACUAGUUGGGCCAUGAUGUCCUUAAUUGAUGCUGGACAGGCUGAGAGAGAUCCUGAGCCUUUGCACCGGGCAGCUAAGGUUUUGAUUAACCUACAGUUAGCUGACGGGGAGUUCCCUCAGCAGGAGAUCAUUGGAGUCUUUAACAGAAACUGCACGAUCAGCUACUCCCAAUACAGGAACAUUUAUCCUAUCUGGGCCCUUGGAGAGUACCGGGGGCGUGUCUUGUGCACCGAGUCUCUAAAGAAGAACCUUACUGAUGCUGGUGAUCUUGAAGGCAAACACGAGAACGAUUGA